GCAUUGCAUAUUGCGUGUUCGAAAACAGACUUCAAACUGAUAGGUUCUUCCUGCGUCACCCGGGCCAUAAAGAAUGAUAUUCAGCACAUAGUAUAACAAGUCGUCUUUCUACUGUCCUGUUCAGAUCAACUUGACACCACAUCACAUCCUCACAAACAAUGCGUUUCUCCUCUGUCCUCGCAGUUGUUGCCGCUUUGACAGCAUCAGUAUCUGCCAGUCCCACUGCCGUUGAUAGUGCCGGAGGGUGUCCUAUAUUGUGCUCAGAUUACCCCUGUUGCGCUGGGCAGAAAUGUGUGCCGCAGGGCAUAUUUGUUAUCCUCUGGUUGCCCGCUGAGUGGUAUAUAUGGAAAGUCGUCAUUGUCAAAUUGCGAAAGCUCAAGAUCCAGAAAUGGCACCUGGACGCUAACAAACACAAACAACCUUUCAAAUUGGUUUCGGCCCAAGAGGUCCUUCAAGUUAUUGACGUAACCUUGGGGGGUCAAAAUGGCUCCUGUUGGGUUCAAACUAACCUUACUGCAGCGCGCCGUGUGGUCCAUUCCAUUCCUCUGGAUAACUAA